UAAAUUGCCAGAGUGGGCUGUGGUAGGGGGCUUGUUGGGCCUCUGUGUACUUGGGAUGCCAGGAGCUAUUUUGACUUCCAGUCCAGACGGCUGGGGUACAAUAACUUUUGUUCUUUAGAGACUGGUACACGAGACCAUUGCUGUUCAUUCACUUCCACAGAGCAAAAAGAGAACAGCUUUGGUCGGGGCGUGCCUUCGUGACGCCGUCGACAGAGCAGUUGUCAGGAACGCGCGUUUUGAAGAGGGCUCCGAGUCACGUGGUACGCGCUGAUUGACAGCUCUGGGUUGGAGGCGAAGACAAGACUAGAAGCAAGGCGUGUACGGGAGGCAGUGUCUGCGGCAGCGGUCUCUCCUAUUUCUCUAGCUAGCUGCUCCGCGAAAACCUGAGGUGACAGUUGUCGCAGCGCUUUUUUUUUUUUGUUUUGGGAUCGUUCGUACUGACCGGGAACCUUCUGUGAAGUGGACUUACGCGAGGGAGUUGUUUGUCACUCGGGCUUGGAAAGUUUAGCCCGUGCAGCAAGGUUGCUUCCCCGGCAUUCUCCCGAGCCUCAGCCGAGGCAAGUGAAAGUUUACUAUGAAAAUAUAGCUGAUGUUGUAAUCCAGUAUAUAAAACAUAGCUUCAAAAGGUUAAAGGAAAUCGUUUUACAGAUGCUGGAAGAUGCUAACUUCAGAGAAAGGAGUUGUAGAGGAAUGGUUAUCAGAAUUUAAGACAUUGCCUGAGACAUCUAUUUCCAGUUAUGCUUCUGGCUUGAAAAACAAGAUUUCCCUUGUAUCAGCCCUGUAUGAAGUCAUUCAGGAGAUUCAGAGUGAGUUGCUGGAGCCUGUCUGCCACCAGCUUUUUGAGUUCUAUCGGAGCAAAGAAAAAUGUCUCCGGACAUUCACACUUCAGUUUUUGCCAGAACUCGUAUGGUGCUACCUUUCCAUGUCUUCCAGCAGAGACCUACAGAGCUGUGGCUGUAUGGAGGCGCUGCUUCUCAGUAUCUACAAUUUGGAAAUAAUGGAUGAACAAGGGCACAGCAAGAUCUUGUCAUUUACUAUCCCAUCCUUGUCUAAGCCGUCUGUGUAUCAUGAGCCUUCCAGCAUCGGUUCUAUGGCACUUACUGAAGGAGCACUGUCUCAGCAUGGCCUUACACGAGUUGUAUACAGUGGCCCUCAUCCCCAGAGGGAGACGCUAACUGCACAGAACAGGUUUGAGGUGCUGUCAUUUCUUCUACUUUGUUAUAACUCUGUUUUAAAUUCAAUGCCUGCGGUCUCCCUUCAGUCCUUGUGUCAGAUGUGUUCACGGCUCUGCGUCUGUGGAUACCCUCGCCAGCAUGCAAGAAAAUACCAAGGGAUUAAGAACAGAAUACCAAUAUCAUCAGAGUUCAUGGUUCAACUUCUGACUGGAAUUUAUUACUCAUUUUACAACGGCGAAUGGGAUGCAGCCCGCAAAGCCCUGGAUGAUGUUCUGUAUCGUGCACAGUUGGAACUCCUCCCAGAGCCUCUCUUGCUUGCUAAUGCGAUAAAAGCAUCUCUGCCUCGAGGAGCACUGAAGGGGAAUAAAGAUGGCAGCAGCAGGUGUAUCCAGGUGGAGAUCACACCAACUUCAUCCAGAAUAUCACGUAACGCUGUUACCAGCUUGUCUAUUAGAGGCCAUCGCUGGAAGAGGCACGAUUCUGCAGAUUUAACAUCUCAAGAUGAGCUGGCAGAAAUGUGUGAGGCUUCUGAAGGAUUUAGCCCCAGAGCUGCAUCUAGCACUAGUCACACAGUCUUAUCUCAUAGCAACAGCAGCAGCUUCAGCAAGCCACCCUGUGGAAAGGCCCAGCGAAGGUCUCUUGGAAGCAGAACAGGGGGAAAAGAAAGGGAAUCCUCAGGAGAGUCUUGCCGGGAACAUCUCAGCAGAAAGCAAAACCAGAGGGCCUUGAGUGAGAACCUGGAAUUAGUUUCUAUGAAGAGAUUGACUCUGACAAGCAGUCAGUCUCUGCCCAAGCCUGGGAGUCCUAGUCUUGCAAGAACGGCGACUGCUGUUUUCAGUAAAUCAUUUGAGCAGAUGAGUGGGACAGCAGCUACUAAUUCUGUACCUGCAAACACUGUCACUACUAGAAUCAGCACAGAGACAAAUAGGUUUAGUGCCUGCAGUCUACAGGAGGAGAAGCUAAUGUACAUUUCUAAAAGGACAGAGCUUUCAGUGCCCAAUAGAUACCAGCCAAGGUCCCCUAGUAUAUGCAUAACACUAUCUUCAGACUAAUGUUAGGGUCGAAGAUAAUAGGAAGCCAUGUUUUACCUUAUUCAUAUCCGUAAUUACCAGAGCUCUGACGCUUUGCUACCAGGGACACACGCAGACUCUUACUCUGAACUUUAUCCAUGUAAUUAACCAACUAAAACCUUAACUUAUUUUUUUAUAGUUCUUUAAGAUCAGCCAUAUAAAUGCGAUACAGCAUUGCCCAUGGUGCAUCGACAGCACUUAAACAUUUCCAUCUGCAUCUUAAUGAUCUCUCCAGACCUCAAGGGAACAUGUCCUACUUCACAGGGAUGGAUUGUGUGAAGUUUGCUCUUAGGCAAUGCCUCCAUUUAUGUUUGAAAUACGUGUACCUACAUUGCCUGAUCAUAGCCAAUCACAACGUCACAGGAAGCAGAUAUUUUUAACAUUAUUAGCUUUAGUGUGCAGACAUUAUAUUGGUUCCUCUCUUAUAUUUGUAAAUGGUACAGUGUAUGUGCUUUUUAGCUUCUUUUCACUAAAGACUGAUAAACUCCCUACCCUUUUUUACAGUCUGAUAUUAACUGUGCUGGUCGGGUUCAGCUGAUCAGUUUGUUGGUAUCUGCACACAUUUAAAUCAGUACCGUUCAUAUCGCACAUAUUGUAACACCGACAACCAGCGCUGAUGGAAAUAGUUUGUAUUUUACGGCAUGUUGUAUGUUUUUGAUUGUUUUUAAGGAAUAUAAAUGGCAUAUUUUUAUAA